CACCCGGAAGCACUGCACACUCCCGCGCUCGCCUCUCUGCCGCCUUCUUCUGGCGCAGGGGAGUUUAACUCCUACCUCCAUAUGAGUAACUUAUUGACACGCUUACCGACCAGUGAAAAUCGAUUCGGGUUUAAGAAAAACAGGUUCGGAAAAUUGUUUUGGCGGUGUCGUUAACCAAGGCAGAGCAGCGCGGCUACAGACUGCAGCGUCCCCGCCGCCAGCCAGUGACAUUGACACAUCAGUCAGUGAAUGUGUGUACGGGACCGGUAGGCUCCGGAGCGCUUCCCCCCCGCAGGUCCCGCAGCUUCAGCUACAAUGAGCGAAUACUUCAGCCUGUCAGACUGCGAUGUUAUCGGCUUCGACUUGGACCAUACGCUAUGCCGGUACCAUCUGAAGGAGACCUCCAGGCUGAUCUAUGAGAGCUUUGCCAGGUAUCUGGUGGAGCAUAAAGGCUAUGACAAGGACCUCCUGAAUCUAACCCCUGCUACCUGGGAUUUCUGUUUUAAAGGUCUAGUGGUGGAUCUGGAGGAGGGAAACCUUGUGAAGCUGGCUGAAGAUGGAACUGUCUUGCGAGCAACACAUGGAACCAAUGAUCUCAGCACAGAAGAGAUCAUCAAACAUUAUGGUCCUAAAAGGGAGUGGAAGCACUUCAACAGCCUCAAUACCUCCUUCACUAGAUCGGCAAAAUACUAUUUCUAUGACAACUACUUUGAUCUACCUGGGGCUUUUCUCUGUGGAAGAGUUGUGGACAUGUUGCAUAAGCGAGGAAAUGAGGUGAAUUCUGACUUUUGGAAAGACAUGGUUGCUGCCAUCGACCACAAUUAUAACACAUCUGCAUUCAAAGAGGAUGCAGGGACCUACUUCCCCUGUGUGAAGAGGGACCCAGGCCGGUACCUGCAGCCCUGCUCCGAAUCCGUCAAGACCUGGCUGCGCAGCAUGAAGAAUGCAGGGAAGGUGCUCCUCCUCAUCACCAGCUCCCACAGCGACUACUGCAGGCUCAUCUGUGAACACAUCCUGGGGAAGGAUUUUGAGGAGCUGUUUGAUGUCAUCAUCACAAAUGCCCUAAAGCCUGGUUUCUUCUCCUUGGUGCCCCAGCAGAGGCCCUUCAGGACCCUCGUAAACGACGUGGAGGAGAGUGAGGGCCUGCCGUCGCUGGAAAAACCCGGCUGGUACUCCCAGGGAAAUUGGCCACACCUCCACGAGCUGCUCAAGACCAUGACGGGAAAACCAGAUCCCAAGGUGGUGUAUUUCGGAGAUAGCAUGAGGUCGGACAUGUUCCCAGCCAGCAGCUUUGGGAAGUGGGAGACAGUGAUGAUUGUGGAGGAAAUGGAGGGGGAGGGUGUCCCUAAGAGCGAUGCGGCAAAGUCCAAUGAGGCCCAAGUGGAGCCGCUGGAGAAAAGGGGAAAGUUUGAGGAGCAGGGCAUGAAGUCACCCUCCGCCGUGUCCGAGCAGUGGGGCUCCUACUUUGUGGACGUGCACAAAAGUGGAGGAGGGGACGAGGAGAGCCAGAAACUGACCUGGUGCAGCCACUGCAUUCACAAAUACAGCGCCAUGGCCAUCCCCAGUGUUGAGCACAUAGCAGAUCUCCCUCUGGAUUACAAGUUCCCCAGGUUUUCUCCCGACAAGCCCUGCACCACCGGCUACUACCCCAGGCCUCCAGAUUCUUUGCUGAAGAGGUGCGAGAGUCUGCCAUAAAAAAAAAAGAAAGAAGGAAAAAAGAAAAGAAAAAAAAAAAACAAGUCCUCCCUUACCCCUCUGCCUCAGGAGAGGAAUGUGCCUCCAUUUUUGCCUGUAGUUUCCCACCUGACCCCACCGCCAUCUGUGGAGCACAGGAAGCAUACACUCCUCACCCAUUCAGAGAAACCAUGUGAAUGUAAGCCACAGUAUCUCUCUGUAAUAACACCUACAUUUGAACGUUGUUUUGUGGUUUAGUGUACCGUACACAUGGAAAUACGACAAGAUAAGUGUGCGUGUGUGUGUCUGCAUACAGUAAUAAUAGGAAAUGUAGUGUUCUUAUUGUUUCAUGUGUGAGGCCCCCCUUAAUUAUUUUUCAUGGUAGAUCGUUUAAAAAUCUUCUAACUUUUCAGAAAUAAAGUGAACAUUUUACUGUCUCUUUCUCCCUGAAGUGAUUACCUCAAGGAUGUGUUUAACUGUAGGCAGAACCCAGGUUGUCACAGGUGUGCUUGUCCCUAAAUAUCCUUUGGAAUCAUUGUGUCAGUAUUUCCCUAUAAUACUGUUAUUGUGAAGUCCUCUUUUUUUUUUUUAAAUAUAGUUUUACUGUAUGCAUUUGAGUAACCUUAACAUGAGGUUUAAGGUAUAAAGUUUCCCCUGUGUUAGUUUUGUGGAAGAUGUUAAUCUUCAGGUUGUUGUCGCCAAAGAUUUGGCACAAUGCUGUCCUUUGUGUUGGCUGUUUCAAAAAACACAAUUUGGGAAACACUUAAUAAUAAUAAUGGAUGAUGAAGACUAUGCUAGAUGUUCUCUGUAUUAUUUUGGUGCAACAAGUGACAUGUGCUCUUUGAGUGAUUGUGUAAAAUGUGGACUACUUGUGCUUCAUUCAUAUGCAGUACCAGAUUGAGAUAUGCUUUAACCGACUUCUGAAUGGUUAUUUUGUCGGUGUGCAUAGACAAGUCGUGCCAUGAUAUUUAAGGAACACUCGGUUUGGUGAAAAUUUCUUCUUGCUUUCACCGAAGAUUGAUAUCGGAUUUAUCUUUGUGGCUACAGGAAGUGAUGUAGUUUCAAUAUGAAGUGGAAAAACACAACUUACAACAACUCCAAAUCCUCUGUAUAGCGAUAACAAGCUUGUCACUAAUACAAGAGUCACUUGGUUUAUGUGACAGCAGAGUUCUCUCUAUCAGAUGUCAUUGGGUAAGUUGACCACCUUUUGGUUUGGAUCUAGUUAUUCUUGGUUCUAUGUCGGACUGGUUCUGACUGUCCUCGGGUCCUUUUCCGGUUGGUUCUCUUUGUUUGAAAACUGAUUUGUGUAUGCCAGAUUCACGUACAUUUUUCAAAGGUCUUUUUCGGUUGAGGUCAAAAGUUUUGGGCUGUCACUUCAAAAAGUUCAAAAAGUUUUCAAGUUUGAGUAAUGAGAUUUUAACAAGUAAUUAAUUGUUAUUAAUUUGAACACAACCCAUGUAGCAUAAUCUUAAACUACCUUGAAGAAUUUACAUUGUUCCAUUCACAUGAGGUGUCUCCACUACCACUACUCAAGUCACAAGCUAAAAGUUAGCAUUAGAGUUGUUGUUGCUAUGUUACUGUAAGGCAGGUGUAUUUUACAAAGGCUCACCUUUGUCCAUGAUUUUGCCAUUUUUGAUACUUCCAAACGUUACUACUCAGAUGGGUUGGUGUUAAGUAACUGUUCUGCAUGGCUCGCUGGUUUUCUCCAUUUUGCGUUCACAAAGAGAACAACAGUACCCAUAUUUGCUGAGAGCAACAGGCCAUGCAAUAGAUAGACAGUGAAUGUUAUUUUAAUGUCUUUUUUUCUCCAGGUUUGAAUAGUAGUUUGAAUUUCAAAUAAAAAGUGACAGCCCUUCCGCGUACAGUUACUGCUCCCAGCUGUUGCUGGUCAUGAAAUAGCUCAUUCACUUCAACAUGUUUUACAUACUCUACAUAAGACGCAGCGUGUAAAUAAAGCUGGUUUGGAGUUGUUGUAAAGUGCUGAACUGUGAUAAACACACAGAGAUGAAACUGGUAUCAACUUCUCAUUUGACUCUUAAGCACACAAGGGGAUUUCUCAAAUGUCAGUGUUCCUUUAAAAUGACCACAUCUCACAAAUGAAGAGGGAAUAUUUUGACAGCAUGUACAUGAGAUUGGUCAUUUUAAGUGAGUUAUUACUUGUGCUGUGUGUGCAAGUGUUUUAUGCAUACACCUGUUGUGAUUGUACUCUUCCUUUCUCAUCUGACCUGGAAAAUUUGACAUGCACAUUUGCCUUAUGUUGGAUUCAUUUGUGGUCUUAAGUUCUUGAAAACACAGGGAAAGUUCAAUUCUGUGUUGAAGUGUUGAAGUACUGUCAAUGAAAUAAAAUGUUCUACAAUUUUCUUACA